UACUGUGUCUGCCUCUUUUACGCAUACCUUCAUUGUGAUUGUGACGGACUAGUCUAUCUUUUUAACUAUUUUUCUUUUUAACGGGUUCAAUUACCAGCCUCAAAAUACCGCCUCUACGAGAUCUCGAUCAGUUCCAGUAUGUCUCCUAUCCAAUGCGAGCAGGCGACGUUAAAAUGGAGCCUACGGACUCCUUUUAUCCGUCGUGCCGUAAUGCAACGGGUAGUAGACAUACGCUGCAACAACAACUGCAGCAAUCUCAACUACAACAACGACAACUGUGGCAACAACACUUUGUUAACAACGAACAAUCGCUGGAGAACUUGACAUCACCGAGUAGCCUUGAUGCAGAAUUUGGUCUCAGCUUCUACGAUCCAUACGUCUGUGAACCAUCCUUGGAUUUGUCGCCGUAUCUCGAGGACAUCGACUUAGCAGAUACGAGUCAGCAAAAUGAGAUUUUUGAUCUAGUUUCAAGCGUUGUUGCAAAGCAUGAACCAAAACCUUUGCUGCAGCAACAACAUGGUUAUCCGGUUUCGAUGCCCGAUGGCGAUUUUGAAAGAUUUCUGGAAGAGAACAGGAGUUUCAUGGCCGGCUACAACAACGGCAAUGACACGUACUCGAGUCAAACCGUGCCAGCAUUUUCGACAAAAGCUGAAGUAGAAUGGCGCGCGUCGUCGUCAGACAGCAGUUCACCUUCCACGUCUCCUGAAUUGCCGUCAGACACGCGAAAACUGAAAAUUCGUCGUCAACGUGGACGUAAAAGCAGUUGCAAUGGUGUUAGCAAGUCGAACUUAGCCGCUUUGGACAAGAGCACGUACGAGUAUCGAAUGAAGCGAGAGCGAAACAACGUUGCGGUUCGAAAGAGCCGCAUGAAGACGAAAGAGAAACAGGUCGCCAUAUUUCGAAAGGCGACCGAAUUAAGUGAAGAGAACGAGGAUCUGCAGUCGGUUGUCGCUAGCCUUACCAAAGAAUUACAACGCUUGAAGAGCUACCUUGCAAAGUCAGGACUCUCACCUAUGGGCUUGCCUAUUGAGGCUUAAACACAGGCAAGUGCCAUAGGCGAUCAACGAGGACAAUAUUGAACCCAUUGGACGUGUCGUAAAAGUUUAUAAAAUGAAAUUGGAUUGUGACUUAAAAUAAACGAUAUUGACUUUUGUGUAGAUAGCAUGAAACACUGCAUACUUCACUUUUUCGUGAUAUGGCAGACGCCAUUAUUGUGCAGUGGUUUUAGAAGUGUCGAUCAUCAUUUUGAUGGUCGGUUAUAGUCGUUUCAUAUGGCAUUCUCCGUAGCUUAAACUUGGUCGAUGGAUAUUACGUAUGUCGCUGGAUUUUUCUAUGAUAGCAAAUUAUGUACAAAUGUACCAAGAUUUUCUUUUCAAAAGAUCGAUGGACAUUUGUACAACAUACAGCUUUUUCUAAUUAGCAGGAGCUGUUAUCAACCCUUGAAAUUUGAACCGUACAUCGAAUUGUUUUUUAAUUAUCAUCGACAAAUUCAGUGACCUCGAAUAUCCCUCGAUCAUAUAGAGGAAGAAUUUGUUGACUUAAACAGCGGAUUAUAUUUUGCCGUAGUGUAUUAUAAAUAUUUAUCACAUCUAACGUAGCUUGACAUAUUUGUUGAUCUUAAGAUUGUAGGGAAGAGCGUAGGAUUUUUGUCGCAGGUUUUGUAUUGAUGACUGAUAUAUUCUAAUAUUGGGAAUUACUAAUUUAACUUUUUAAUGCUGGAGCGAUUUCGCGCCUGUCGCGACAUGUAACCCUCAAUUUAACCAUAAUAUGUGCUGUAGUUCUACUUGCAAUCAUCGCUGUAUAAAUUGGACUUUCUAAAAACAUGAUUUGUGACGUUUU